AUGCAGGUGUUGUCUGUAGCUAUAUGCUGUACAACAGAACACGAAUGGAAGCAAAAUGUAUCACCUGAAAACGACGGCGUUCGAUUGAUUCUUACCGGUUUCGAUUUCUGCGACGUGGAGAUUGAGAGCAUCGCUAACCUUACUCAACUCUUGUCUGUCACAGGAAGAAAAAAGGAGGUUCGGUGCUUAGAAUUAAAACCAGGUGUGGCUCAAAAUUCAGUAGGUUUAGCAUGGAAGAGAGUGUGA